AUUUGGGAACUGACAAUCAAAUGACAGAAACGUUAUUGGGGUAAACUCAAUUUGCGCAUGCCAACCCCAUACUUAGUACCGUACGAAAACUACACGACAUAGGACCCGCUUUACGUCCGCGCUAACAAAAUUCGUUGAAAAUGCUUACAUCAAAAUGGUAGAGUCGCUACAAAUGUUCUUAUUUCUGUUUAAAUCUAAAUACAGACGAAAAUUCUCAUGGUUCUCGCCGUUCCUGUGUUCAGUACUCAUAGUGUUAUUGUUUUGUAAUGAUGCACUCGCUAGGUGUAGUAACCAUAACUGCAUAAAUGGAGAGUGUAAAAACGAAACCUGUGUGUGUAAAGAGGGCUGGCAAGGUCCAGAAUGCCAGUACUGCGGAGGGAAAAUCAAUCUCACAGACACCUUCGGGGUUAUAACGGACGGCCCCGGCAACUACAGCGUGAGCACGCAAUGCACGUGGCUAGUGGCGCCCCCUCGCCUGGGCCCCUCGCCGCCGGCGGUCCGCAUCCGACUGGAGUCCUUCGCCACGGAGUGCGGGUGGGACCAUCUCUACGUGUAUGACGGGGACAGCGUGCGCGCUGUAAGGCUACUCGCCAUUUUUAGUGGUGUAAUGGAGCCAGGUGAAUCAGGUUGGACGCGGCAAGUGAUAGCGCGCUCCGGCAGCGCCUUACUGCACUUCUUCUCCGAUGAUGCCUUCGCUAUGGAGGGCUUCAACAUCACUUAUGCUGCUUAUUCCUGCCCGUCGGAUGAUCAUAGGACCAAUUGUAGCAACCAUGGCGAAUGCGACGAAGGCACGUGUCGGUGCAAUCCGGGAUGGAUCGGAGUGGCGUGCGAUCAACAGAUUUGUCCAGAUAACUGCAACGAAGCUUACGGCGGCGGGACUUGCACCCCUAAAGGAUGCGUUUGCACCCCCCAACGUUCCGGAGCGGACUGCAGUCGAGACGUAUCCAUUGCUGGCUGGAGAUGGCUAUGGAAAGAACCAGGAGAAGGUGUGGAUGAAGAGGCAGCACCAGCGGUAGCGGGGCAUGUGUUGGUGCAGAGGGGGGGAGAAAUAUUGAGGGUGGGGGGAGAGAGUUUUGGACAGGCUGACUUCCUUUAUAGAUAUAAAGUAGCAGAGAACAAAUGGGAGUCCGUGGUAACGCUGGGCGACACGCCCGCGCCGCGUUUCGCGCAUUCCGCCGUGCUGCUCGACGACGAGCUCAUCCUGUACGGCGGCGUCGUCGCCUCCGACGACACCGAGAGAGGCGGCGAACUGGCUGGCCGAGAAGGGCGAGCAGGAGAAGUAACCAACGAAGUAUGGAGACUAAACUUGGCUGCGCCAAUGCUUCAAUGGCUGAACGCCACCCCCACCAUAUGUGGGAACAGGCCUGCACCCAUGAAACAUUGUGGCGGUUUAGCCGUGUCGGGUCACACGGCGGUGGUAGUCCGCUACAAUGACAAGCCGGUGAUGCUCGUGUUUUUCGGUCACUCGCCGCACUACGGCUAUCUUCACUUGGUACAGGAGUACCAUAUAGAAGAAGGCGUGUGGGUGUCGGCCCCGACAGUGGGCUGGGCGGCGCGCGGGGGCUUCGGGCACUCGGCGGUGUUGGACCCGCUGUCCGACCGCGUGUUCGUGCACGGCGGUCUCGUGUCCCAGAGCGAGGCGGCGCAGGCGCCGUCAGCAGCUCUGUAUGAAUACGAGUACAAGAGAAGAAUAUGGCGUCCGCUGCCCUCCGCGCCCACACCUAGAUAUCUACAUUCCGCCAUUAUAUUAUCGCCAGGUAUUAUGCUAGUGUUCGGCGGUAACGCUCACAACGACAGUGCAGCGGCCGCGGUUAGUAAUCCUGCUGGCUCCCAGUGCUACUCGGCCGGCGCCCUAUUGUAUGAUAUAAGGUGCGAGACGUGGCGCACGGUGCCGACGCCGGCGGGCGCGGCGCGGGCGGCGCACGCGGCCGCGCUGCUGCCCGGCGCGCUGCGGCCCACGGCCAUCGUCUACGGCGGUUUCGAUGGCCGCCUCCGUUCAGACGCGCUUCUAUUCGAAGCGGGCUCUCCUUGUUCGUCACACACGAACGAGGUAGCGUGCGUGCUGGACGCGCAGCAUUCGUGCCGCGCAUGCGCGUGGAACUCGCACGAACGCAUAUGCGUGUCGUUGGAGACGGCUGGCUGGAAUCAGUCGUUCGACGGGACGGUGAAGGCCUGCGCCAGCGAACCUGUGAGAGAUAUUCGCCGCUGCCGCUUAGCCAAUAGUUGUGCGGCGUGUACGGCCGCUAAAUGCGCGUGGUGCGGCUCCUGUCAGCCAGAACCCCAGCUCUGCAGCCGACUCUGGCCUAAGAUGGCGCUGAUGGUGGACGAGUGCGCAAGCACAGGGGAAUUGGCCAGAGAUGCUUGCGCGCGGUACCACUCUUGCGCCGCGUGCCACGCGCACCAGCAACACCACCACCAUUUAUCUGUACAUGCGAGCUCAGAAGAACGAUCAUGCUAUUGGGACUACGAGUCCAUCAAAUGCAAGCCGGCUAACUCAUCUGACGACAUCAGGAGCGUGGCAUCAGCCGGCCCGUGCACGGCUCCGUGUGCGACGUUUCACACGUGCUCUAACUGCACAUCGGAGGAGUGCAUAUGGUGCGCUUCUACUGGCCGAUGUGUUGAUAAGAACGCGUACGGCGCGUCGUUCCCUCUGGGCGGAUGCCGGCUGUGGUCGACGUCGAGCGUGUCGGGCGGGUGCGGCGCGGCGGGCGCGGGCGCGGGCGCGCACGCGGGCUGCGCGCGGCACGUGGCGUGCGCGACGUGCCGCGCCGAGCCGGCGUGCGGCUGGUGCGACGACGGCGCGCGCCCGCCCACCGGCCGCGGCGUGUGUCUGCCCGGCGGCGCCCGCCGCCCGCACGAGCCGCACGUCUGCGAGACAACGAGGUGGUUCUUCACCGACUGCCCGCGCUGCCAGUGCAACGGGCACUCCACCUGCGACGACACAGAGGGAGACAGAUGCAUACAGCCCUGCGGCGCUAGAGCAGUAGGGCUGCACUGCGACACAUGCGCGCCGGGACACUAUGGCGACCCGCUCAACGGAGGCACUUGCAAACCCUGCGAAUGCAACGCGCAAGCAGUCGCGUGCGCACCAGAUACAGGCCGCUGUUUCUGCAGCACCAAAGGCUUGGCCGGCGAGCGGUGCGACAAAUGCGACAAUAGUAACCACUAUCACGCUGAUAUGUACAACAAGGGGGCUUGCUAUUAUGACUUAGCAGUAGACUAUCAAUUCACCUUCAACCUCUCAAAAAAAGAAGACCGUCACCUCUCCGCCAUAAACUUCCGGAACGCACCCGUAAAAGCAGAUGUGGACGCGGACUUUAGCAUAACGUGCUCGGCGCACGCGCGUAUGAACCUCACGGUGAGGACGCGCUCCGAGCCGGGGGAGAGGACGCUGUUCGCGCACGUCAACUGCACCAACUUCAGAUACAAAUUCGCAAAAUCCGACCACGCCUUCGGCGUAGAAGACAACGUGACAUUAACCACGUUUUUCGUGUACGUGUACGACUUCCGCCCGCCGCUGUGGAUACAGAUCUCGUUCUCGCAGUACCCGAAGCUGAAUCUGCAGCAGUUCUUCAUCACGUUCUCGUCGUGUUUCUUGCUGCUGCUGCUGGUUGCUGCGGCGCUGUGGAAGAUUAAACAGAAAUAUGACUUAUAUAGAAGAAGACAGCGGCUCUUCGUGGAAAUGGAGCAGAUGGCAUCGCGGCCGUUUAGCCAAGUCUGUGUAGAGCUGGAGAAAGGAGGAGCAGGCUGCGGCGUCCCAGCACCGGUAGCGCUGGAGCCGUGCCUCGGGUCCCGGGCGGCCGUGCUGUCGCUGCUGGUGCGGCUGCCCACGGGCGGCACGGGCCGGGCGCCGCCGCUGGGCGGGCUGGCCGUGGCCUCCGCGCUCGUCACGCUCGGCCACCACCAGGACCACAAGGCGCGCCGCUGACC